GUUAAUAUAAACCAAAAGUGAUGAGCUAGUAAAAAGGAAUACAAUGCAAUUAUUAUAUCAACUAAUAAAGUGUUAAAUGACAGCAACAUAACUUGCGCCUCUGAUUUAGUUUGAGGCAGGCACAUAUUUGAGUCUUGGUUUGAGUUAUUACUUGUGCUAUUAAUACUAUGUAUAAAAUUGAUACUUAAUACCUUCACUGCUGCGCGGGAAGAACAUGAAGCUGUUUCUCUUCGGUUUUGCCUUAGUGGGGUGUGCCUUAGCUUUUCCUCAGAAGGAAGGUAGCGCGUAUACCCAAGAGGCAAUCAGGCAAGCUCAGAACACGUUGUUGAUACCAAAAGAUGCCCAAAUACAAAAGGUUCAAGAAGGAAUUGAAAUAGGGGCAUACGAGAGCAUUCCAGGAAACCAAAAGAUUAACCUCUUCGAAAUCUUAGGGGACCAGUUUCCUCCAGAGGUCGUCAACAAUUUGCAAACACAAAUCGAUCAAGUUGGAAGAAAUUAAUCGCUCUUAUCUGACUUCAUUUCUGAGGCGGCACUUCUUGUCAUGUAGAUUUUGGAGAUGUGAUGUAAUCACUAUGUCUGGUGGUCAGUAGUUUUAGGUUUUCAGAUAGUAUAUUGUGGUAUGUUGCUUAUGAGAAUCGACAUUCAAUUUCAUGUGUUUCCACCAAAAUAUUGCGUCAUGAUUUGUUUUCAAUGUUGCAUUAGGUUCUAUAAACUUUAUAGUCAAUUUAAGUAGAAUUGUAAGACCUCAAAGAGAUUAUCUGAGAUGUGGAAUUGUUAAUUGUCACAUGUUCAUUUUAUCACAAAUAUUGACGUAAAUUAAAAAAAUGGUAUUACCAUUUUUCCAUUAACAGUACCAACUUUCAAUGUACGUCCAUUUUAUAUGCUUGUACAUAACCUCAAAUAUAAUAUAUUAACGCC